AUGGAGAAGGCAUACUCCAGACACGAUGGCCAAAUGACUCGAUUUGAGGAGGCGUCACGCAUCGCUAAGCACCUAGGCUUGAGACAACCAAAUCAGGAUGAUGAAUGCUAUUUCCACUCAUUACUAGCAAGUAAAACAAACGCCGAAAUUUUGCAGAGGUGUAACGAAACUUUGCUGAACCUAGAGGAACGAGCGCGAGCUUGUCAGGGGGACCACGACUCUCACGCAGAUCAGGCUCUCACAAAGUUGAUAUUCAGGACAGAAACAAGCGAAGGCGGACACUUGAUGCAGUCUUGGUCAGGGAAAAGGCUUUGUGUAUUCAUAAGCGAUGGCGCAGGUCAACAGGAGACCUGGACCUUGAUUCGUGAGUUGAAGCUGACUAUACGAAAAGCGUCCAGUGACGGCGAGAUAGAGGUCACUGUAAUCGCUGGCAAGGAGAUAAUAGCGAGAAUUCUCUACGACAAGGGUUUCGUGUUAUUGCGUUGUCAAGGCCGGGCUGGUCUGGCGCUAGAAUUACUCACUGCUGCGACGCAGGAUGACGGAGAAGACAGCGAGCUCGACAACGCUACAGGGGGCACGGAUCACACCGACAGCUUCGACACAGCCAGAAGCAUAUUGAGCACCAUGAUCGGGAUAGCUACUGUGUCCAACUUGAUCGACCGCGGCGUUAGAGCUAGCAUUCCCUCAGGAGCUAGUCAUUGGCUGCCGCGAGAAAUGUUAGACAGUGUUGUCAACCUCACUGCACUUACCAGAUGCGAGGAUGGUUUCAUCGAUCUACGGCAGUCAGGCCUCGAGUACUAUGUGAGGCCUGUACGACCUGUAUAUCUGGAUCUACUGUGUCCAGCUUGUUGGGUUACUACCAACUCAUCUAAGCGACAGAUGGCACAAGAUCGGUCGUUCAUCGCACCACUGCGCUUAAUGCCACUUUCUAAAGAAAAAAAAGAAUAUACGGCGGUCUCAUACCUGUGGAGCGAGUUUAAGGGUGACGAUACCCUGAAAGAUAUGCAAAAGUCCGCAGCUGCGGUCGGAGCCCCAACCAGUUUGUGGGUCGACAGAGUUUGCAUCAACCAAAACGACCCCGCUGAGAAAGCCUUGGAGAUUUCUCGCAUGGGAUCGUAUUAUGCUGGCGCACAUACAACUCUUAUUUACCCUGCCAGCAAGGUCGUUGAUAUCCCUAAAGUCAAACUUAAUAGACAUUUAGUGGCCAUACCAGAACAAUUGCGCAAACAUCACGGCCUACGGAUGUGGAAGCAGGACACCUGGCACGACAGAGUAUGGACUUAUCAGGAGGGCGCUCUAAGUAGAAACCCUCAGGUUUUUGCCGCUGAGAUGAACACCGGGCUAAGUGCAAGCUGGUUGAAUUUCAUGUCCUGGGCCGCGGAAUACGAAGAGCCAAUCAAGUGCGACGUUGCCUUACCACCAUACUACUCAGUCCGCUUCAACCGGCCAUGGGGAGAAUGCACCGAAGAAGAAAGAUGGUCAUAUAGACAUACCUUCCAGCGAUCAUGGACAGCAUGCAGCCGCCAUAACUGGGAACCAAGUGCCAACAGUAUCAAAGUACCUCUGGCCACGUUGAUGGACCGCACGCAGCUGAGAAAGUGCAGUGAGCCGCGCGACAAAAUAUUAGGUAUACUUGGACUGACUGCAUCGUCGGAAAGCCUGAAAAUAAACAUGGCCACAGAUCUCAGAGGCAUUUUCUGCGAGGCUAUACGAUGUGGCAUUCUUGGAGCAGAGAUUUUAUUGGCUGGGCGCGAGGAUCGAGGGCCAAGGUCGUGGAUUCCUCGGAUGGAUUCCGUUGUCAGAUGGAAGCCCUCCCAGAUCUCACAAAUCGGGUACAUUUGCAAAGCGGAGCAACCUAGCGUUGAUGACGAUGGAAACCUGACCUUGAGAGCAUGUGAAAUCAAAGUAGAAGAGAGACAUGUGGAGAAAGGCCCUCAAGAAGAUGAUGUUUUGGGCGGUUAUCAUCAGCUUGAGUUCACAGACUUUUCCGGGCAAGUGGGGGGCCUUCUGUGCAUGAGAUAUCGGCCACAUAUCCGAGGAAAGGCAUUUAUACUGAAACCCAGCGAAGACGCCCAAGAACGGGACUUCGGGAAACAAAUUCUAGUAUUUGCCACGGAAGUAGGAGAAGGAAGAAUACUCUUCCACAAGGCCGUCAAGGAAAGCCAACUCGGGGAUAGAGAAUCCAUGAUCCAAGUUGGGAACACGCUUGGAGCUGGCUCGUCCAUCAACCUGAUGAUAUACAUCAGAGCUCAGCAGCGCGACUUUGACUCGUGGAACAUGGAGGACUGGACAGGUGACGAUCUGCCGCCUUAUCUACGACCGAAUAUCCUGGUCACAGUUCAUCAAGAUCCCGGUGACCUGUUCAGCCAGCCUCGCCAGUGGAUUUGGUCUACUAGGUAUGCAUGGGCCAGCUGCAUCCCCAUGAAUGCAGGGAACUUUGGGCUCCAGGCAAGGUAUAACCGCUCAAAGUACCGGUGA